AUGAUCUCAACUCAAGUUUCCUCUGUGAGCUCCACGAAGAGAGCUUGGGAAAAGUCCUCAAGAAUGACAAAAGUAUCGUCUCUACUGAGCACCAUCGAUGUCUGCGGCGGAAACAGGCAGAUGGGUCUAAACUCUAUCUAAGUCACGACAAUGCGGCUCAAACAAAGAAGGCAGUGAUUUGUGGUCUAGGUGGUUUCUCCUGCUAAGUCAGGGUUGGGUCCCGUUACAGUUGUGAGUCGGCGGUUCGCCAAGAUGUCUAUGGAGGAGCAGGAAUAUCCCGAGGCGGUAUUGGUGACAGAGGCCGGGCCGCAAUGGCUCCAAGCCGAGGUCGAGCGUCUCACUCGGGAGCUGCGAGAAACGACCCAUGAAAAGAUCCAGGCGGCUGAGUACGGGCUGGCGGUGCUGGAGGAGAAACAACAGCUCAAGCAGCGAUUUGAUGAGUUGGAGACAGAGUAUGAGACGGUCAGACAGGAGCUGGAUCAGCUGAAGGAGGCCUUUGGGCAAGCUUACUCAACCCACAGGAAGGUGGCAGCAGAUGGGGAAAGCAGGGAAGAAUCGCUGAUCCUGGAGUCCGCCAGUAAGGAGGCUCUCUACCAGCGGAAGGUCCUAGAGUUGCAGAAUGAGCUUCGACAGGCCAAAGCCUCCAUCACCAGCGCACAAGCUGAAAACGAUCGUCUGUCAUCCAUCGCCCUGGAAAUGAGAGAGAAUUCAGACCUGGCGGAGCUGCAGCGCAGUCAGCUGCGCGAUGACAUCAGAGAGUACAAGGUGCGGGAGACUCGUCUGCUGCAGGACUACAGUGAGCUGGAAGAGGAGAACAUCUCUCUUCAGAAGCAAGUGUCUGUGCUGAGGCAGAACCAGGUGGAAUUUGAAGGCCUAAAGCAUGAGAUCCGCCGUCUGGAGGAGGACUCCCAGUGCCUCAACAGCCAGCUGGAGGAAGCCAUGCGGCUCAGAGAGAUCGCUGAGCGACAGCUAACGGAGGCCUUAGAGACGAUUAAAACGGAGCGUGAGCAGAAGGCCGCCCUGCGCAAAGAGCUCUCACAUUACAUGACCAUCGGCGGCUCCGUGUACAAUAGCUCUUUAAAUAUCUCCAUCGACAACCUAAAACUCAACGACGACCCUUCCGCCGUCACGGAGCCUGACAACGACGACCUGAUCCGAGGCUUCGAGAACGGCUUGAUCAAGACGGGCGAAGGUGACGAAGACAACCGAGCUGCUGUGAACAAGAGAGGAGAGCCCAUCAAACCGGCUCCUAGCCUGGUGGACGACCUGCUGAGUGAGCUCAACAUCUCGGAGAUCCAGAAACUUAAACAGCAGCUUGUACAGGUGGAGCGGGAGAAAGUGGCGCUUAUCAACUCUUUGCAGGAGAGCCAGAAGCAGCUGGAGCAGGCCUAUGGGACUGUCUCUGAGCAAAAGGAAACUGUCAACAAACUCACUGAGAAUCUCAGUGCAAUGAGGAAACUCCAGGCCAGUAAGGAGCGCCAUUCUGCCCUCGACAGUGAAAAAGACAGAGACAGCCAUGAUGACGGAGACUACUACGAGCUGGACAUCAACGGACCUGAGAUCCUUAAGUGUAAAUACACUGUGGCGGUUUCGGAAGCUGGAGAGUUGAGGCAGGAGCUGAAGACGCUGAAGGCACAGUACGAGGAAUGUCGGACACAGUACGAAGAUGAGCGAGCGCGACUGGAGAGCGAGGUCCAGGACUUAAGGUCAAGGUUAGCAUCCCUGGAGAAGAUUAGCCAAACGGAUAAAGCGGAGGUGGCUCGUCUGGAGAAGGAACUCCGUCUGGUUACCGAGGCUGCAGGAGAGUCACUUGGCAGCCUUAAUGUGGCGCAGGAUGAGCUCAUAGCUUUCAGUGAGGAGCUAGCCAAUCUCUACAACCAUGUAUGUAUGUGCAACAAUGAGACUCCCAACCGUGUCAUGCUCGACUACUACAAGGAAGGCAAGGCCAUAAUAAGAAGGGGGCAAGAAGGAGGGAAGGAGCACCACUCCUCCGUACUUCUCACUAAUGGACUGAUCACUGAGACUGACCCUGCAAAGUCAAACUCCAGUAGCACCACAGUCGCCCCGGCUCCAGCCCCAGAGCACCGCCCAGAACCCAUGAACAUCUAUAACCUCGUAGCCAUCAUCCGAGACCAGAUCCGCCACUUGCAGCAGGCAGUGGACCGCACCACGGAGCUGUCACGCCAGAGACUUGCCAAUCUGGAGCUGAGCACAGUGGCAGACAAAGACAAAGAGGCUUGUAUGGCAGAGAUUCUCAAACUGAAGUCCCUGCUCAGCACCAAAAGGGAACAGAUCGCCACUCUCAGAGCUGUGCUCAAGGCCAACAAACAGACCGCUGAGAUCGCUCUGGCAAACCUGAAGAGUAAGUAUGACAGCGAGAAGGUCAUGGUGACUGAGACGAUGAUGAAGCUCCGCAAUGAACUCAAGGCUUUGAAAGAGGAUGCCGCCACAUUCUCCUCUCUCCGAGCCAUGUUUGCUACAAGGUGCGAUGAGUAUGUGACUCAGCUGGACGACAUGCAGAGGCAACUGGCUGCUGCUGAGGAUGAGAAGAAGACCCUGAAUUCUCUGUUACGAAUGGCCAUCCAGCAGAAACUGGCCUUAACUCAGCGCCUAGAGGACUUGGAGUUCGAUCACGAGCAGGCGCGCCGCAACAGCGCCACAGCGGUGGGAGCGAAAGGCAAAAAAAAGGGCAAGGGAGCCUCCUCCAGUCAUCAUUAAAUCUCUCCAAGCCAAGUGUCCUUAAGGAGGUUCGUCAGUGUCUGUGACAGUUGUCAGUCACCUGUGCUCCUGGUUUCUUCAACUCUCCAAUCACGGUUCAAAUCAUGUCAUUGCUAACACUAGAAUACACCCUACAGUAUUUGCAAAGGGCCUUGUUUUAAAGUGCCAAAACAAACAUGCACAAUUCCUUACAGUUCUGUCCGAAAGUGUGACACGUUGCAUCAGUCUUCCAACAACAUAUAUAUAUACACCACUAUGAUUACUGAAGCAGAGGAAGAAUCAAGACGUGUGUUUUGCUGAUUACUUAUUGCCUGUGUAACCCUGACUGAGCACUUUCUGUUUUACUUAUUUGCUCUUAGGCGAUUCCACUAUUUUCUAAACUCUGAAUUGAUUCAAGUAUUAUACACUAUUUUUACUGGAUGUGCAUGUUUAUCUGCCAGAUUGUUGACAUCAUUUCCAAGUGAUUCUUAUCUUUUUAUCCAUAUUUAUUUCAUAGCAACAAAGAAUUAUGAGGUAUUUCUUUUAACUUUGAACUGACUGUGUGAAAUCAAACAAAAGAGACAGAUGAGCUUUUCUGCCUUUAGUUGUUGGCCUUCAAUAUAGGGAUGUCUUUCUGACAGCCCAGAGAAACAAGCAAGAUUUUUGAUAACCAUGUUUAUCUCAUGACAAAACAAUGCAAUUCAUUGUUUUCACUGAACAAUCCUGGAAAUACGGAGCUUCAAAUUCAGUGUCUUAACUAGAUUUUGUAUAACUGUGGUUCUCAUUUGUAGAAAUGGCAGAGCUGUUACAAAUCAUGCUCAUCAUGAAUAAGGAAGAGUAUUAAUGCAAAGCCUAUUUAAAGAUUUCUAAGUUAAGGUCAGAUGUUAAUAGUAUUCAUAACCUUUAUUCAUGAAGGAGAGUUUUUAAUGUUAUUGUUUUAAUACAGCUUUUUGUAAACCUUUUCAGUCCUAAAAUUCAUUGUCUUCCAACAAUACACCUGCAGUGCCAUUUUGUGUGUUUAUUGUGCCAGUGCAAUUUGCAAACAUGGCUAAAACUUCGUUUGUGCUAUGUCAAAAAUAUUUUACUUGUUGUUGCUUCUGUUCUUGGUCCCAAUUGAUUUUAUAUGUUUUUACUACGACUGCAUUUGUAUUUAUUUGCCACUAUUCAGACAGGAUGUCAUCAUCCUCUUUGUUUCAUAAGGGAGUUUGAGUGGAGUUGGGUGGUCCGAGUUUCAAGAAGAAAGAAUUUGUGGUAAAACACUAGCAAGAUUCAUGACUGCAGGCAACUGUCUAUGCUAACAGUUAUGAUUGGUGAAGAAAUAAAUCUAACUUUCACAAUU